AUGGUAGGAAUUAGAAUGUACUGUCGUGGUGGGCACCGACCGAAUACUAGAAAGAUUGACAGGACAUCAUUUCAUCACAAGCCAGGGGAGGUAAGAUUCCUAAAUUUGGAGCAACACAAGUUUCAAGAGAAAAACAUGGAGCUUCAGGGUCUCCAUCUUGGACCAGACGAGUCACCCUCCAAAGUGAAGGGACGGCACAUAAAGUAA